CAGAGACCUUCGGGUAUAUCUCCCUUUCCACCACACCAUACGUCCUUUAUAACACCUUUAACAAAUCCAAGAUAUCCUCGUCCACAUCAUGCUGGGGAUUGUGGUGCCCGCACUAGCUGCCCUGUACAUCGGGUACUUCAUUUUCCGGUCCAUUCAGCAACGUUAUGACCAGCGCAAAUAUGCCAAGGCUCAUAACUGCCAGCUCCCACCACAGGCAGAUUCCGGAUUCUUUGGUGUUGCAAAUUAUAUUCGAAUGAAGAAGGCUGCCGAAAGCAAGCGUUGGAUCGAGUACUUCGCGGACCAGUACGGUAGCAAUGGAAACACGUUACAGCAGAUUAUUCUAGGACAACGAGUGACCACAACCAUCGACCCUGAGAAUGUCAAGGCACUUCUGGCUGCACAAUUCAAUGACUUCGCUCUAGGAACCAGACAUGAACAGUUUGCUCCCCUUCUUGGGGAUGGCAUUUUCACCCUUGAUGGCGCUGGCUGGUCUCAUGCACGAGGACUUCUCCGACCGCAAUUUGCCCGAGAGCAGGUCGCUGAUUUGAACCUUCUCCAUGAUCAUGUUACCCGGCUGAUUGGGUUGAUCCCCAAGGGUGGCUUGGACUUUGAUAUCCAGCCUCUUUUCUACCUCCUGACCCUUGACUCAGCUACGCACUUUCUCUUUGGAGAGUCAGUCGGUUCCAUGGAUUCACAGGGUUCGGACUGUCUUGUCAACUCUUCAGUGAAAGACAGCGAAGGCUUUGCAGAGGCGUUCAAUACAUCACAGAAGUGGCUAAGUGCGCGGGCCAGAGCAGUGGAUCUCUACUGGAUGAUUAACCCGAAAGAGUUCCGCGAGGCGAAUAAGCGUGUGCACGAGGUUGUUGAUCAUUAUGUGCGACUAGCGCUUGAUAAAAGGAGACACCCAGAGAAAAAGGACAAUAAACGGUUUAUUUUCGCUGAAGCGCUCGCGGAAGAGACUGACAGCCCAAAGGUUCUUCGGGACAACAUGCUUAAUAUUCUUCUGGCGGGUCGAGAUACUACAGCUAGCCUGCUGAGCUCGGCUUUCUUCUUCCUGUCGCGGCAUCCCCACGUCUGGAAUAAACUUCGCCGUGUGGUCAUUGAGACGUUUGGAGAUAGCCAGAAUCCUCGCGAAGAGAUUACGCAUUCGAAGCUGAAGGAUAUCCCUUACCUACGACAUGUCCUGAAUGAAGUCCUUCGUCUGCUGCCACCGGUACCAUUAAACUCCCGCGUCGCCAUGAAAAACACCACUCUUCCUGUUGGGGGUGGGCCCGACAGACAAUCACCCGUGUUUGUCGCGAAGGGCGAGGUUGUGAUUUACAGUGUCUUUUCCAUGCAUCGACGAACCGACUACUACGGAGAUGAUGCCGCGACUUUCCGACCCGAACGAUGGGAGGAGGACGGCCGCCAUGGCUGGGAGUAUCUUCCGUUCAAUGGCGGUCCGCGGAUCUGCUUGGGUCAACAAUAUGCCCUCACCGAAGCGAGCUAUACGUUGGUCCGACUGAUGCAACACUUUGAUGCAGUGGAAAAUGCUGAUCCGCUCUUGGUGGAGCCUGUCAUAGAGAACAACCUUACCAUGUCGCAUGGUCGGGGAGUCAAGAUCCGUAUGCACCCUGUUUGAGUAGCUCAAAUGGGUAGUAAGAUUCCUUUGCGUUGAGUGCUGCACGAUGGCUGUUUGGGCCAUAUUAAUACCAAUAAUUGAAUCAUAUUGAUUAUGCCUGUUGGAUAUUCCUAGCGCUUGUACUAAAUUGAAGAACUCUGCGACUGGGAUGAAUGAGCAGGUUAUUUAAUGAUGGGUUGUCGGACGAGGAGGCCAUGAGAUAAUGUACUG